AAAAAAGUAUACCAAUUAAUAUCCUGUAUUUCCUCGAUAAAUAAACGAAAUAUCUAAGUAGUUUUGUCGCUUGGCCAUACGUAUUUUUGCUAAUCCUUUAAAUUCCUUUUUGGUAUUGAAUGCUGUCCAUGGAUGUCUGUAGUCGACCUUCAGACAAUUCCGCAGACGCCUGUUGUGGCCUAAUGACCCUGUAAAGAUUUUGACAUUUCUUUCAAAAGGCGAAACAAUGGCUGGCGACCAAGUGCAGUUUCACCAAAUCCUGAAUUCCCUUUUAUCCGUGGACAAUGACGUCCGACAACAGGCUGAGGAGGCUUACAACAACAUGCCAAUCGGAGAUAAAAUCUCACAUCUCCUUAUGGCCAUCUCCACCACGACCCUGGCAGAGGAAGCUCGGUUGAUGGCAGCUGUUGUCCUAAGACGACUCCUAUCAUCAGAAUUCCAGGAGUUUUAUCCUAUGCUUCCGCCGGAUUGUCAGGUGCAACUAAAGCAGCAAAUAGUAGCGCUUGUGCAGCAGGAUGAAUCACCAAACAUGCGUAGGAAGAUCUGUGAGGUGGCAGCUGAGGUGGCGCGCAAUUUGAUUGACGACGACGGCAACAAUCAGUGGCCAGACUUCCUGACGUUCCUCUUUCAGUGCGCCAGCACGACAAACUCAACUCUCCAUGAGGCAGCAUUGCAGAUAUUUGCAUCAGUUCCGGGUAUCUUUGGCAAUCAGCAGAGUCAGUAUUUGGAGGUGAUCAAGCAAAUGCUGACCAAGUCAAUGAGUCGCGAAGCCACACCAGAAAUUCGUUUUCAAGCUGUACGAGCUGUAGGGGCUUUUAUUUUGGCACAUGAGAAGGAGGUGAAUAUCCAGAAGAGUUUCACGGAUAUCCUGCCAAGGAUGAUCUUCAUCAUUGCUGAGAGUAUUGAACAGCAGGUGGAUCAGACACUUAUAAAAUUGCUGAUUGAUUUGACGGAAUCAUGUCCAAAAUACCUCAGAGCUCAGAUUGAAGCUAUCUUUGAGAUGUGCAUGAAAGUUUUCCGGAGUCAGGAUGUUGAUGAUGCCUGGAGGCAUAUGGCAUUGGAAGUGAUGGUGUCUCUGUCGGAGAAUGCUGCAGCAACUGUCCGGAAGCGUUGUGACAAAUUCAUCGUGGCUCUAAUUCCGCUCGUAUUGCAGAUGAUGACAGAUCUUGAGGAUGAUGAUUCUUGGUCAGUGUCAGAAGUUUCGGAGGAUGACAACAGUGAUAAUAAUAUUAUCGCUGAGUCCUCACUGGAUCGUCUAGCCUGUGGCCUAGGGGGCAAAGUUGUCCUUCCGCAAAUCAUUGGGAGUUUACCCACAAUGCUAAACAGUCCAGAUUGGAAGCAGCGUCAUGGUGCUCUGAUGGCCAUCUCGGCUGUAGGCGAGGGAUGUCACAAGCAAAUGGAAGCCAUUCUGGAGGAUAUCAUGAAUGGAGUCCUCGUUUACUUACGUGAUCCCCAUCCCCGUGUCCGUUAUGCUGCUUGCAAUGCCAUCGGACAAAUGUCAACGGACUUUGCACCGGUGUUUGAGAAGAAAUUCCACGAACAGGUUGUUCCUGGACUUCUCAGUCUCCUCGAUGAUGUUGACAAUCCACGUGUACAAGCACAUGCCGGUGCUGCUUUGGUGAACUUUAGCGAGGAUUGCCCCAAGUCCAUUCUCACGCGCUAUCUCGAUGCCAUUAUGACAAAGCUAGAGUACAUUCUCAAGAUGAAGUUCAAGGAGUUCUGCGAAAAAGGAACCAAACUCGUCCUCGAACAGGUAGUAACAACAAUUGCCUCUGUGGCUGAUACGGCUGGGAAAGAAUUCAUAACAUACUACGAUCGCCUUGUGCCAUGUCUCAAGUAUAUCAUUCAGAAUGGCAAGACAGACGAUAUGAAGAUGCUGCGUGGGAAGACAAUUGAAUGUGUAAGCCUAAUUGGACUGGCUGUUGGUCCGGAGAAAUUUGUACCCGAUGCCAGUGACAUUAUGGAUAUGCUACUUAAGACGCAUACCGAAAAUGAGCUGCCCGAUGAUGAUCCACAGACGGCUUAUUUGAUUUCGGCCUGGGCGAGGAUCUGUAAGAUCCUGGGCAAGCAAUUUGCUCAGUAUUUGCCGCUGGUAAUGGGCCCGGUAAUGCGAACGGCAUCCAUCAAGCCAGAAGUUGCUCUUCUGGACAAUGAAGAAAUUCAGGAUAUUGAAAGUGAUGCAGAUUGGCAAUUUGUCAAUUUGGGAGAGCAACAUAACUUUGGUAUUCGUACGGCUGGAUUGGAAGAUAAAGCGUCAGCUUGUGAGAUGCUCGUGUGCUAUGCACGAGAAUUGAAGGAAGACUUUGCCGAUUAUGCUGAAGAGGUGGUUCGUUUGAUGGUGCCCAUGUUGAAGUUUUACUUCCAUGAUGGUGUUCGCACAGCUGCAGCUGAAUCGUUGCCCUACCUCCUGGAUUGUGCAAAGAUUAAGGGACCGCAGUACCUUCAGGGAAUGUGGCAGUAUAUCUGCCCUGAACUCCUCAAGGCCAUCGAUUCAGAGCCCGAAGCUGAAGUUGUGCCCGAAUUGCUGCAUUCCUUCUCCAAGUGUGUCGAAACUCUUGGACCCAAUUGUCUCUCCAAUGAUGCAAUUGAGCAGGUGCUGCAGUUGGUGAACAAAUUCAUGGAGGAACACUUCCAGAAGGCAGAAAAACGGGCACAGGCCCGAAAAGAGGAGGACUACGAUGAUGGGGUUGAGGAACAAUUGGCUGAGGAAGAUAGUGUCGAUAUGUAUUUGCUUUCACGCCUCGCUGAUGUAAUGCACGCCCUCUUCGUCACUUACAAAGCCGGCUUCCUCCCCUAUUUCAGCCAAUUGAUUCCGCACUUUGUGAAAUUGCUCGAUCCAUCGCGUCCGUGGUCUGAUCGACAGUGGGGACUGUGCAUUUUUGACGACUUAAUUGAGUUCACUGGACCUAUGUGCGCUGAAUAUCAACACUUCUUCUUGGAACCUAUGAUUCAGUAUGUGACAGACAAGAAACCGGAGGUUCGGCAAGCAGCAGCGUAUGGAUGUGGCGUGAUAGGUCAGUUUGCCGGUGAGCAAUUUGCUAUGGCAUGCGCUCAGAUAAUUCCACGUUUGGUGGAGGUGGUGAAUACACCGGGUAGUCGUGAGCCAGAAAAUGCCAGUUCCACUGAAAAUGCCAUCUCUGCAAUCACCAAAAUUCUCAAAUACAACAAUACAGCCCUCACAAAUACAGAUGAGAUAAUCAAUUUAUGGUUCUCUUGGCUUCCGGUGAUUGAGGAUGAAGAUGAGGCCCCUCACGUGUAUGGAUAUCUGUGCGAUUUGAUUCAGGCAAAUCAUCCAGUGAUCCUUGGGGCCAACAAUGCACAUCUCCCGCGAAUUUUGUCAAUAAUAUCAGAAGUGUUUGUGCGUGAUUUGAUUCCUGUGCAACAUCCCGAUGCAACGAGAUUACUGGGCAUUGUGAAGCAGCUGGAGCAGAAUCCCGAGGUCUUUCAGGCAUGUGUCAAUGUUUUAACACCAGAACAGAAGCACGCCCUCGAGGAGGCAUUCAGGGAUAUGACGACAACUUCCGCAUAAAGGUCAAUAAUUUCUUAUUUCAUUUCCCUUUAUUAGUUCUUUUUUUUUUAAUUAUUCCUUCAAUUUAUGAGGAUUAUUCGUUGUUUUACUCAACCCAUGAGGGCAAAGAAAAAAAAACAGAGAAAUAGAAAAUAACACGAGGUAUAUUUUAUUGAUUUACACAUUAAUUUUUUAAAAGUGAUUGCAUGUGGAGAAGGCACAUGUCAUGUGUUAGAAGUCACCUGGUUGGGGGAUUCUGUUUUAUUCAAAAGAGAUUUUAAUGAAAAAUACAAAACGUUUAAUGUUUCAAAAUAACAGUCACACUUAUGUAACUAUUUUCCAAUCACUAGGAAUUAGCUGUAGAGAAAAAAAAGAAUUAAUAAAGAUAAAUAAGAUUUUUCGCUUUAACGCAUCAAAUUUUUCCCUUUUACCAUGGUGACAGAAUCCUUUAGAGAAAAAAAAUCCCUCCAGAAAAUUUGAUUUAUAAAAACAACUAUACAUUCAAUCACACUAUAAUUGUUGAUAAUCAGUUUAAAGUUGUUAAAUUUAACUUUGAAAUAACUUAAGAAGUUUCAAAUUCACAUAAUUGGCCUAUUUUCUCAAAAAAAUCAACUUCUUUUCUGUUCUAAUGCUGUGAGAAAUAUUUGAGUUUAUAUUUCAUCUUCUAAAAUGGAUAAAUAAUUAUAUAUAACAGAAAAUAUAUAAUUAAACUUAAAAAAAAAUGCGAGAGAGAUAAGAAGAUAGUAAUCUUUUAAUUACAUAAAUUAAUGCUUUGUUGUAACUGCAAAGAUGUAAAAUUGAAGCGAUGAAGAAGAAAGAAAAAGGAAACAACUUGUAACUUAAGAAUGUGUGAAGAACAUUUAUCAAAGAAAUGGCAUAAACAUUUUCCGAGUCCAAUUUCGCGUGGAAGCAGAUGAUGAGAAAAAUAUAAAUGCACGUAUUUCUUGA